UCGUUGACGUGUUGUUGAGCGUCGGUUGGUCUUAGCUAUUCGUUAGUGUUUCAACGGAGGGUGACCUGUGCGGUUGGUGAACUACGUUGGGUCAAUUGCUGGUGCUGAACGAUGGCGAUGCUGCCGAUGCCGAUGGGUCCCACUCCCGGUGGACCGUUCUCAUACGGCUACCCCCCGAGCACCUUCUACGGCGACUUCCCCGUGUUGGAGGUGGGCGGCCUGCUGCCGCCGCCGCUGGACCCGCUCUACUUCAACUUCAUGCCGCCCGUCUGCGCGCCGGGGUUCUUCCCGGCGCGCAUGGAGGCCGUCCAGCCGCCGGCGGAGCAGUACGGCGGGGUGCUGCUGCCGCCGCCGCCGCCGCCGCCGCCGCCGCCGCAGACGGCGCCGUUAACGGUCAUGCUGACCAGCGCUGACCGUGCCUGCUCGCCGCCGUCACCACCGCCGCGGCAGACGAUGGCGGUAACGACGAUGCCGUCGUGCCUGCUGACGCCGCCGUCAUCGAUGCCGUCGUGCCUGCUGACGCCGCCGCCGACGAUGCCGUCGUGCCUGCUGACGCCUCCGAGCACUCCCGAGCCGGUGGUGUGGGUGCGGCCGCGCCUGGCGCCGGCGCCGGUGGCCGACCCGCGCACUCUGGCCGAGGUGCACAGCCCCGGCUGCGUGCAGCAGUGGACCAAGGGCCUCCGGUUGGACGACGCGCUGGUGGCGGUGCACGUGCGCCACGAGGGCUACACGGUGGAGCCGGCGUUCCCGGGGCCCGUGCCGCGACACCUGGUGACCGACCCGGCUGGCGUGAUGCACGUCUGUGUGCCCAUCAGCAGCUUCAAGUCGCAGGUGGACUACGGCAUGUACGUAGUCUGGGUGACCGCCUUCGCCGAGCUGUUCAACCGGACCGGCCAGCACUGGGCCCUGGUGCCUCAGCCUCCGUCCACGCCCAAGCCCAGCCACAUCUGGCGGUGCUUCAGCACAUCAGCCAAGAUCCGGUUCAGAUGCGACACAUGCCAGAACGCCUGGACGUCCAUGCACGGCCAGGUCACAUUCCAGUACUUCCUGCAUAAGGGACCAGGCGCCGGCACCGUGCUCUUCCAGCUGUACGGACAGAAGUGCCGCGUCUGCGUCCGUCAGCGGCAGCGCGACCGGGCCCGGGCGGCCGCCGCCGCCGAGGGAGCCGGGGUAGCGGCGCCGCCGACACCGCCGCCAGAGGCAGAGGGCGCCACCGCCGCCGGGCCUGCCGGGGCUGUCGGAGCUGUCGGCGGACCUGCGGGAGCUGUCGGAGCUGUCGCCGGGCCUGCUGGGCCCGCUGGAGCUGUCGGCGGACCUGCCGGAGCAGGUGCCGCCGCCCCGGCGCCGGCAGAGGAGGAGGAUGACGUGCCCUACUCCAACCCGAUGUGGUACCCGGACGAAGUGCGGCGGGUGCUGAUGGAGCUGUACUGCCAGGUGAGCAGUAAGCUGUACCCGCACCUACCACGGCCGCAGCCGCCGGCGGGCCACCAGCGCCGCUUCGGCCGGCCGCAGCAGGCGCACGACCCUGCGCUGUGCCAGGGCUGCGCGGCCGGCACCUGCCGCAUGGUGCGCCGCUGAGAGGACAGGCGAGUGAGGACCGUGAGAGGGAGUGCGGAGACAGAUGCGACGAGUGAUGGACCGCGGGGUGCGAGGGGACGGUGCUUCACUAGGCGUUAGAGAAGGUGUUCCUCCGCGGGGGUAUGGUGCGUUUCUUCUGCGAGGGGAAAGUUUUCCGGUGUGUUUCCUCUGUGUGAGGGAAGGUGUUUCCUGUGCGGGAGGGAGGUGUUUCCUCCGCGAGGGAAGGUGUUUUUCGUGCGAGUGGACGUUGUUCCUGCCAUGUUUCAGUAGUUUACCGCGCCUGAAUCUCUUCAAGUUUGAGCUGAUUGACCAACAGUGGUUUUAUGUCUGCAAGUCUUAGAUUUUUAGACAAGAAGUUUUUGUUUUUGUUUGCGACGCCAGCCUGCGCCGAUCAUCAUUUUUAUAACCCUGUGUACAAUCAUAUUCAUUAUUUAUCGGUGUGUUAUAAUAUAUGCGUGUGUGGUUUGUUUUCA